AUGGCCACCGCACCCGUUCGCGCCCUCUCUCGAGUCUCCAUCGCCUGGUCCGGCAACGCUCCGACCGAGGACACCGACACGCUCGUCCUCACGAUCCAAAACUACUCUGUCGACUUGAGAAUGUGGGCAUCUGGGCCCCUCAAGGGCAGCAUAGAAUGGGGCAUGGUGGGAUACGUCCUUGACCCUCCCGGGUCGACCCCAGACACACCAAUGCUCGCAUGGGACAACAUUAUCGACUCGCGCGAGCCCCCACCUGUCGAGCUCCCGGACGAGGCGUCAUUCGAGCUCCUGGCCGACGGCCACGUCCUUGAGACGGGCACAAUGUACAAUCCCCGCAGCGAAAAGGCCGAGGCGUACAAGGAGGUGUGGAAGUGCGAAGACGUCCAGGGGGCGUCGUUUUGCGUCCUCGAGCGCGUCGGCGAGGGCUGGGGCCAAGGUGGUACCGGCCGCUCGUUCAUUGGCCGUCUCGGUGUCUACACCCUCGGCCAUGCGGUCGACGCCAAGGGCGUGUACUCGGCCUACCGCGACGAGCAGAGGGACAACGAGUGGCAGCGCCUCUACCACGUCGACCCCCAUGGAAUCAUCCCAAGCCUCCCUGCGGAGAUUCCUUCGUCCUGGGAGGUGGGCCAAAAGGUGGCUCUCCGUGAGGGCCAGUGGAUCGUCCGGGAGGCUGGCAGGGUUGAGUAG